AUGUCCCCAGACGAUUCCACCUCGACAUACGCGCCAAAGUCGCCAGACCUUUCUUCCUUUUACUCCAGCGGCGGCCCCACCCAGCCUGCAUCGCAACUCCAUCCUCCAAGCCAAGGUCCAGGCCAAUAUAAAUUGCACCCUCCCGCCUACGCCUACGGUUCUUCCUACACACCACCACCAAUGCCGCAGGCGUCAACCUCUGUACCGCAACAACACAUCAAGUCUGAAUUCUCAUCAUACUCCCCGCCCCUGCAGCAGCAAUACUCUCCGCCGGGACUGAAUCCAAAUAAUUUGGCACCGCCAAACAUAUCACAAAAUUCAUAUAGCCUGCAACCACCAGUUUUCCAGCAACAAUAUCCGGAUCAGCUAUACCGUGGACAUAUCCCUCAGCAGCCAGGGCUGCAAUUCCAGCAAGAAUACCCCCUAAAGGCAUCACCAGAGUCUCCUGGUGCGUCAACACAGGCUAACUCAGAAAUGCCUCCACGAAGAGCUGCGGCACAACCGCCACCACCCCCGGCCAUUGAGCCGUCACCCGUCAAAACCAAGUUUCCAACAGCACGGAUUAAACGAAUAAUGCAGGCUGAUGAGGAAGUUGGUAAAGUUGCACAGCAGACACCCAUUGCGGUCGGCAAGGCGCUUGAGCUCUUUAUGAUACAGCUUGUCACAAAAAGCGCCGAGGUGGCCAAGGACAAAGGAUCCAAGAGAGUCACAGCACCAAUGUUGAAGCACGUUGUUGAAACCGAUGAUCAAUGGGAUUUCUUGCGAGAAAUUGUCGGCCGUGUCGAAAAUGAGAAGGAGGGUAGCAAGUCGAAAGCCAAGGCCGAAAGCGACAGCGACGAGGACUCGGAGCCAAAGAAGAGAGGUAGAGGAGGCGGUCGCAAGAAGAAGGUGUAG